GUCGUCGAGUCUCCUCAGUCUCCUGACCGAGCCGCGGAGGAGAAUGGAGGGCAUGAUUAGCUCAGGAGAUGGGGGACAGCAGCUCACUGACUGAUUUCCUGGAUGCUAUGUGAGGAUUGUGGCUGUGUUCAGUCGCUGCUGAGACUCUGAAGAGGACUAUUAUAUUGGAGGACCGUUUCUAAACACGCCGCUGACGCCUGAGGCUUCAGAACUUCCUGAUUUCUCCAAGCGAUGGCUGACUCGGAUACUUCAUCACCACCAUCUGAGCCCCCGCUGCACUGCCCCCGCACACCACUCUCGCUCUCCUUCCCCUUCCUGAGAGAGGGCAGUCGCGUCUGGGAAAAGAAACCUCCACAGCCUGGAGAGCCACCUAGUCCACUGCCUACCAAGCGUAACCGCACUUACUCAGCUACGGUUAGGGCCAGGUCUGGACCGGUUUUCAAGGGGGUCUGCAAGAACUUCUCCAGGUCCCAGGGCCAUGGCUUCAUCCGCCCUGCCCAUGGAGGAGAGGACAUAUUUGUUCACAUCUCAGACGUUGAGGGUGAAUAUGUGCCAAUGGAGGGGGAUGAGGUGACCUACAAAGUGUGCCCUGUGCCUCCGAAGAACCUGAAGGUCCAGGCUGUGGAGGUGGUCAUCACCAACCUUACACCCGGUACGAAGCACGAGACCUGGUCCGGACAAGUGAUCAGCUCCUAGCUCAUCCUUUAAACCCUGACAGAAUGAAGAACAGACGUUUGGACGGGAAGGGUUCUGACACAAGAGAGGGAGAACGCUAGCAUAUGGAACAAUAGAUAGCUAAAGGGAGUAAAUUAAUAUGUAAAAGGGGGCUAAUGAGGACAAACUGGAUGCAGGAGCUUGAAAUGGCAUUAUGUGUAAGUAGGUUAUGGAUGGAAUGGGAAUUAGGGUUACGUAACUUCUGUUUCUGUAGCUUGGCAAAUGUGGUGAAGGAACAAGCGUCAGUGGGAGGUCUCCUUUGGAACGAACUGGACUCUUGGCAAGGUCAACUGAUCUGUGAAUUGGCAGCAGCAACAAUUUAAACAAAAGGUUUCCUCUGGGUAGCAUUGACUCUGUCUGUGUUGUCAUUUUAUUUAUUUGUGUAUUUAUUUUUAUUUCAGGGAACUGAGAUUUUGUUUUUUUAGGGGCACUUAAACCUAGAGUGAGGUCAUCUUAGAGAGUGGCUCUUUCAUUACAUGUUUUACUGUUAAACAGAACUUUAAGGAUCACUUAGAUAAAUAGUGCUAGUUAUUAUAAUAAAUAAUAAUUUUAGAAUUUUGCUUAAACUAAAUUCUGAUAAUUUGUUGGUGCAAAGCACUUCAACAUUCGUUUUGUCACACCUUGUCCUCACACGUUUAACAGAUAAUGUGCAUUAAGAAACAUUACCCCACAUUUGACUUGACUCUUGUGUUGAUCAUUGUGACCGUGUUUGUUUGAUCAUUACAUGAAAGGUUCUUUUUAAAUAAAUUCUUUCAUGAUGUAACAUU